AACGUUGACUCCCAUUCCCAUAAAGUUCUACGAGCCCGAUCGUUCCAAGAGAGAAGGUAGAUCUCUGUGACAACGUCCCCUUUUCUAUCUGAUUUGUGCGCAUGCACAUAUUUUUUGUACAGUCCAAAUAGAAAAACAUUUUCUGACGUGCUGUGGUGGUCUGCAACACUUCUCGUUGUAUUAUAGAGCAAUAUUGGAACAAUAGAGAGAGGUACAUGCAAUCAAGAAAAUCGUCUGCAGGAGCAUGUGUCUAAUUGCCUAAGACAGAAUUUUUCCUUCAUUAGUUGAUUAUCAAAACAAACUACUUGAAACUUCAAUUUCUUCGGGAAAUAAAACUUAAGAACUCAAGAAAUGUCAACGAGAUGGUAUCCUUUGUAUCAACGAGGAAAUCCUCAAUUGAGGAUUUUCCUUCCCAAUUUUUGGCUCAAACUCGUGAAACCUGAAUCGAACCAGCCUCCCAACGUUGUUGUCUUCCACUGUUCUAUGGAAAUGACUAGAAUAGAUGUGCAAAAUUAUCUGGAGAAAAUAUACAAUGUGAAGACGGUGGAAGUUAGAACAAGGAUAGAAAUGGGAAAAACGAGAAUGCACGAUUACUUAAAAUGUGUUGUUAAGGAUGACGAUGUGAAAGUUGCUUAUGCCAUUCUUCCUAAGGAUCAAGUUUUCAAGUUCCCGUAUCUGCACGAUAAAGAAAAGCGGGAAAAGUCUGAAAAAGAAGAUAAGGAUUCCCUCGAGGAGAUGAAAACGAUUCACAAGAAAUUCCUCAAAGCAAACAACAAACCUGGUGUUCCAGGCUGGUUCAGCAUUUAAAAAAUGCACAAUUCGUAGAUUAAUUGUAAAAUUUUCAUCUACCUGUACAAAACAAAAUUUAUACAACAUCGGAUGUAAGAAUGAAAACGAAUAAAAUCUAGAUUGAUCCAAGUUUAUGUUUAUUUAUGAAGGUGGUGCGAGUAGAAUAAAAAAAACUUGAGAUUAAGGCUUUUCCAUAUCGUUAUAAUCGAACUUGUACUUCAAUUUUUCUAUAAUUAUAUAUAUCUAUUACAAUCCGUAAUAAAAUAUCAGUUUAUUUCAAUGAAA